AUGUUUCAAAAGGAUCUUUUAAUACAACAAGUCUCCGAACAAUUUUUUUGUCAUGCAAUUGUUGCUGGCAAAAGAGAGACUUUACUUUUCACUAAAAUAAAAGCUAACUUCAUUGAUCCAAAAGUAAUAUUUUCCAAGCCAGAAAUAGUAUUUAAAGUAGAAAUUGGCCCCAAGGAAAACUAUAAAAUUCUCUAUGAUAAUGUGAAUAUGACAAAUGCUACAGAUCUACCAUAUAAAAUAGUGCUGAAAACUGAGACUCCAUUCUUGAUCAUGGGAAAGAAUGAGCCUGUAUCUAAAGUCUCUCUAGUGUUAGACAGCUUAGCAACUGUGGAACUUACAAUAAUAUUUGACACAAGUUGUAUUACCGAUCUGUACUCCAGGAAGUUCCAAAAUGUUUUACAAGUUUCUUACAGAGAACAUACACAUACG